AUGUCCAACAGAGCAGUGCUUGACAUCAUGAUUAAAACCACAGAACACCUGCAGCCAAACCCUGCGUCCAGGGCUCGUCUAAGCAUGAUCAACACCAUGUCUAAGAUCCGGGGUCAGGAUAAGGGUCCGGGUUACCCUCAGGCUGAGACGGUGCUGGGAGACGCCAUGCAGAGGUUCGGCCGUGAGCUCGGAGAAGAGUCCUGCUUUGGUCUGGCUCUGCUGGACGCCGGUGAAUCCAUGCGUGAGCUCGGUGAGGUGAAAGACGCUUUAGACAUAACCGUCAAACAGAACUUCAUAGACCCGCUGCAGAACCUGCACGACAAAGAUCUCAGAGAGAUUCAGCACCAUCUGAAGAAGAUGGAAGGCCGCCGUCUGGACUUUGAUUAUAAGAAGAAGCGUCAGGGGAAAGUGACAGACGAUGAGCUCAAACAAGCGCUGGAGAAAUUCGACGAGUCUAAGGAGAUCGCGGAGCAGAGCAUGUUUAACCUGCUGGAGAACGACAUCGAGCAGGUGAGUCAGCUGUCGGCUCUGGUUCAGGCUCAGGUGGAGUAUCAUCAGCAGGCGGCUGAGAUCCUGCAGCAGCUCUCCAGCAAGAUAGAAGACAGGAUAAAAGACAUGUCCAACAAACCCCGGAAGGAGUACAUUCCUAAACCCCACAUGGAGCUUCAGCUGCCCAGUGAGAAUCACAACGGAGGAAUAAACUCUGCAAAAUCACCUGCACGCUCACCAGGUACAAACACACGCACAAAUACAAAAUACAAAAAAAAAAAAAAAAAUACAAAAAACACUGACAUACAGAUGAAUAUGACUUAA